CAGAUUGCAAAUUUGCAAUCGCAUUAUUGAUUACCAUGGUAAAUGCAAGAAGUCAUUGAUUCUUUUUUAUCUCACACAGGCAAGUUUCAGGCACCUCAGGAAUAGACUUGUUUUCCUCUCAUAUCUUGUAUAUUCUGGAGCUUAAUUUAUUCAAAGAAUCCCCUUUUCAUUCAAAGUGUGAAUGAUCCUAUUAUGUACUUGAAAAUUGCACAAGUUUUCAAUAACAAUAUUUCUACAUUAAUUUGAAGUAAGUUGAAGGUAUUAAGAUGAAAUCCAUGUAUUUCUUUGAUGCUUAUUAGAAGUUAUUACAUGUUAUCCUCUGUAUAUUGAACACACGAUACAUACUUUUUUCCCUUACAUAGCGGUGGAUUUGGGCACCCGAUCAUCAAAUCUGAACCUCAGGAUUAUCCUGUGAUUAAACCAGAGCCCCAACAGGCCUACCCAACCAUCAAGGCUGAACCGCAAGAUACAUACCACCAAUACAACCAUCCUCAUCAUCAACAUCAUCAUCCUGGUGGUGGAGGGGGUGGUGGAGGAGGAGGAGGGGGAAUACCACCAUACAAUGGUGGUCAUUACAUCCCUCCUCCACCGGUCAUCCAAACACCAUCACCUGACCCACAACAACAACAGAAACCAGGCAAGAAGGCAAAGCAGGAGAAGCUUACUGAUAAGUUGAAGGAGAAAAAACCAAGAAGGAAAGUUGAUCGUUUCAAUGGGAUGCCAGAGGAAGAGGUUGUGAAGAGGACAUUACCAGACAUAUUGGUGCACAAUCUCGACAUUGUUAUAAUUGGCAUCAACCCAGGUUUAAUGGCUGCAUACAAAGGUCACCAUUAUGCUGGACCAGGAAAUCAUUUUUGGAAGUGCCUGUAUCUUUCUGGUCUUGUACCUGAACCAAUGACCUGUAUGGAUGAUGUCAAGUUACCUGACUUUGGAGUAGGUUUCACAAAUAUAGUCGGCAGGACGACAAGAGGAAGUGCAGAUCUUAAGAGGAAAGAAAUUAAAGAUGGAGCAAAGAUAGUGGUUGAAAAGAUUCAGAAGUAUCGUCCAUUAAUAGCCUGCUUUAAUGGCAAGGGAAUAUAUGAGAUCUACAGUGGAAAGAAAGACUUUGAGGUUGGUAGACAGCCUGAAACCAUUCCAGGAACUGAAACAGUUAUAUAUGUUAUGCCUUCUUCGAGUGCGAGGUGCUCACAGUUUCCGAGAGCACAGGACAAAGUUCCGUUCUACAUAACACUCAAAGAGCUGAGAGAUAAAAUGAAAGGAACUCCUCUGUCAGAGAUAAGAAGACCACCAAUAGAGACCAUGCCACCAACCCCUGUCAAAACAAAAAGCAAGAAGAAACAACAGCAGCAGCAACAGCAACAACAACAGAUUCAACAACAACAACAGAUGCAGCAGCAGCAGCCACCUCCACAUCCGGCAUUACCACCACCACCGCCACAGGUAUCGCAUCAUCCAGGCGUGAAAUCAGAGCCAGUUGAUGGGUCAUAUCAUGGAGGAAUGGGGGGCUGUGGGUUCCCUGGUCAACCACCUGUUCAUGGUGGAGUGGAGAUUAAGAGAGAGCCUGGCCUUGAUGGGCCUUGUAUGCCAUCAAAUCCACCGCCUUACUAUCAUCAUGUAUCCCAGCCUCAACCACAACUUCUGCCCCCACCACCUCCCCAACAAAUGAGUGGAAGUGGUGGUACAGGGUUUACCCCCUUGCAGAGGUCUGAGAACUCCUUUGGUGUGAAGCAAGAGGCUGGAGAUUACACGUUAUGUUCGUCUGGUUGGAAUUCAGGCCAGAGUAUGUCUGUCAUCAAGCAAGAGCCCAUGUCACAUAACUAUGGACAAUAUGAUGUUCAGCAUGUACACAAUCCAAGCAUGCUGGAUCUAAUGGACGAUUUCUUGGAUCAAAUACCUUGCAUCAAUAACCAGGGAAUACCAAUAGGUCAUCGGCAAUUAAUAGGUCAGGGACCUGCUGGGCCUAGAGGGGCAACUCCCCAACAAAACCAGCCAUACAGCAACAACAUGUGCCGUCCACCUGCACCUCAGCAGCAGCAGCAACGCCAGCCACAGCAGUCACCUCCCAUUCCACCAUCACAGCCUCCACAACCACCAGCAUCAACAGCAUCCCGGUCACCACAACAGAAACAACAAUCUCAACAACCGUCAAUACCACAACCUGCACAACAUGCCAACAUCCAACUGAGUUCUAUGCAGGAGAGAUCAAGUCCCAGUAACCCUAUGAUGCCAGGGUAUAAUCAGUCAUCAUACCAGAAUAUGCCUGCUGCUGGCCAUCAAGGCUAUCUUCAACAGGAACCUAACCCUGGUGGUGGAGGUACAAGUAAUGUCUAAAAAUUCAUCAUCUCUCCAUCCAGUAUGAUCACCAUCAGGUGAGAUUGUUUUUUAUGUCAAAUCAUGUCAUAACCUAAAACAGUUGGUACUUAAAAUGGUCUGUAUCCCAUUAGAUGAAAUUGGUCACCUUGCAUUCUGAUUUUCUUCUGCCAAUUCUAAUUGUGUCGUUAUUGUCAUGCCUUUAUUUUUUCUUUAAAACGAUCCAAGUUAUGAGACCUGAGGAAUUAGUUAAGAACAUUUUGAUAAACAUAUGUUGCUCAGUAUGUUGAGAGUCGUAUGUGCGUAUUAUAUGUACUAAUUUGCAGCUUCACUAUUUUGAUUUGAUGUUAAUGUUAAAUUGCAGAAAUAGGAUGUAUAGUUUGUAUAUUGCUGCUAAUUUGUGUCAUUUACGUGUUAUAUGCAAAGCAGUGUCAUAAUCAUGCUAUCAAAUACGCAUUGCUAAAUUGAAGAAAAACAAUCUUGAGGAUGAUAUUUUAAGCAUUCCUCAUGCAGAAUCUUUGCUAUACCAAAUCAUUUAAAGAAAAUGAUGUAUGUUUAUUUUUUUUUCAUUUUACUGUAAUUUUUGGAGUCCAAAUCAAGAUUAUUGGGUUUUUUUUUCUAGAGGAUAAAGAUACUAUGCAAAAAAAAAAAGAAGACAUUUUUUAUAAAGUCGGGGAUUAAAUUAGCUUGCUUUUGUUUUGAUCAGAUUUGAGCCCAUUUAGAGGUUUACAUGCCCUUAUGAAAUACUUGCCCUGUAAUGAUUUCACCUCCAUGAGUCAAUGCAAGUAGUAUGAUGAAAUAUAAGACUGAAAAAUCUAUGAGUAACACUUAGCACUUUGUGCUGGGAUGGAAAAAUGACUCCGUACUAGUGGAUGAUGGAGUGAAUAAAGAUUGACUUGGGUCGAUUUUUAUUGACAAAGUAACGACCAUAGCUCUUAAAUGGGGCCUGAUGCUAAGAAUUUAAAAGGAAAAGAAAAGACUUUGAAUUCCAUAUAGAUACUUGGCAGAGUGACAAGACAUAUUUGAAUUUUGUGCUAUAGAAUUUCCACGAAAUGUUUGAAGUUGAAUGUUGCCUAUAGAUUGGACCAAUUUGCUACAUCAUGUUGCUUGUUACAUUCAACAUUAAUUAGUCUGAUUUAUGCAAGGUCAUAACUGUCUGUUUUGUGCUAUUUUGUUAAGUGAUAUUAACUAUUAAAUGUGAAUGACAACAUGGAAUAUGUUUACUCUUCAUUCACAUUGGAUUAGCAGUUUUUUUAUGAGAAAUACUAAUAACAAAGCUCUGUAAAGCUCUGUGUAAAAUCACAUUAUCAAAAGAAAGUGUACAGUACAUUACAGUCCAACAUCACAGAAAAGGAAAAAUUACUUUGAGUAAACAUAUUGACUUGUUGACAUAUAGAUUUGAAGAUAAAGAGGUUUUCAUUUAGUCUAUAUAUUAUUUUAGAGUUCAUUUACACUUGUACAUGUAAAUAUUGACAUGCUGUCAUUCAAUAAGGCUUGAUCAUACAAGGAUGAAUUCAUUAAUUGCAUAAUGUAAUCAUGUUUAAAUGUACAUUUUAACUGCUCAAUACAUGUAGCCCCAUUUGUACAUGUUUAUUUCAAUGGGAAGAUGAAAUUCUAUAUGCUGCUAUAAUUAGACUGCUGUAAUAAGCUACCUCAUUAAAUUUUUGAAUGGGUAAUGUAUUUUAACAAUGGGAUGACAUCCUUAACUUAAGGGAAGAGGGAUACUCAUUGUAGAAAAGCAAUGAGACAUCUAGCCAUGAUAUGUUUUAUAAUUCAUUCUUUUCCCUUUCCCUCUUAUAUUAUUUUCAUGCCAUCUUGCUAUGCUGAGGGCAUCUAUUCAUUUCUCCAGUUACCUCAAAUGUCAGAGAUAUGUAUGUUUUCAGAGUUCCUUUUUAAACAAGUAUUUAUUUAGCAUCAGAUGUUCUCAGCCAGUUUUUAAUUGUGUUUGCAUUUUCCUUCAUGCAAUGAGAGUGCAAUGUAUGCAUAGUACAGGGUAACAAAUGUGAGAGUUCAAGGGGAGAUGUAUUGCUCAAAGAAACAAAUGAAGAUGAUAGUGGAUGCAAUCUCAAGAAAGAAAUGAUAAGAACCAAACAUGAAUACUUAAACACUUUUACCAGGGCAUUGCACACAGUGUGGUUCUCCACUGUGAAGUAGGAGAAUGUAUAGAUUUCAGACAAAGUGAGAUAAGAUAAGGAUAUAUCUUCAUGAAUGUAUUGUGAUGUACCAAAUAGUUUGAAGGAAACAAACUCUGAAUUCCAAAAAUGAUCUUCAAUAGAAGAUACUUUCUACUUGUUUUUUCUGAAAGUUCAUUCUUAUUGAAAUGAUUUCAUGAUAUGUUUUGAGGCAUUUGGUAUAAAGUUAAGUGUUUUUUUUAAUUUUUUUAAAUUUCAUUAACCCUCUUUUAAUGUCGGAAGAGUGGACUCCUUUUAUUUUCCCUCCCCCCAAAAAAAGUUCAUUUAAAUUUUGUUUUAUAGGUGUUAUUAAAUAUUCAUGAUUAAAAUAAUUAUCAUAUCUAGAAUUAUGUCUUUUGAUAUAACUUUAAGAAUUAUGAACCCUCAGAAAAGAUUCAAGACUUUUAACCAAGUAUUCUGUUAUGAAUAUUCAGAAAAGGAAGACACCCCCUUCCCCCAUUUCAUUGUACUCCCAUUUCUUCAAAGAUGUGUUAACUUUAUGAAGUAAGGUUUGUUAAUAUGAGAAAUAUGUUGGUAUAGAAGACAUGUGCACCAGUUUUCCAUAAUAUAAAUCUCUAUUUUGGACUUAAUAUAAUCUUAUAUUUUACUUUGUAAUUGUUUAUAAUACCACAUUUGUAUCUGUAUAAAAUGAGUCAGGACCCUUCUGAAUAUGUGUUAGAUGAAUUGUGAUAAAACUAGAAAUUAGUGAACAGGAGUCGUUAGUCUUGAGACCAUUUUGAAUUGGCAAUUGUUUCAUUCCUUGAUUUUCAAGAUUAGUAAUGAUUUGUUUUUCUAAUUUUCAUUUUCUCCAAAUAUCAUGGCCAUCCUAUGAAUAUUUGAAAGGGAAAUGAUUUUUUUGUCAGCAUUCCUUGGUAGGACUACUCAUUAGAUUGUUUUGAUAUGUGAAAUGGGACAAUAGAUCUUCCUCAAUAUAUGAAAUUAUAAUUCAUAAAGUUUAAAACAUCUCAAAGCUCUGUAAUUGUAAAGGGAAUGCAAAGAAUUACAACCAAAAACCAUGCAAGACAUACUCUAGUUUUUGCCUAUCUUCCUAUAUGUCAGGUUGAGUGGAAGAUGAGAAUUAAGUGCCAUAUUGAUCUAAGUUAGCUGCAGGUGAAUGAUAGGGUGAUAGUAUUUAGAAGAAAAAAAAUACAUGUAAAUUAGCCAUAUACUCAUUGCUAUUACCAUGAUCAUCCAAAUGAUCCAUUGAGAAUUAGACACACAAGAUUAAUAUGAACUACACUUGUGUACCCUUUGUCAUUGCACUUUCCCUUUCACUCACUUACAUGUAUAUCAUUUUUAAAACACACAAUAAGGUUGUAUAUGUUGUUUUUAUAUUUCAGUAUAUUUUGAAGUAUGAAAGGAUAUUUUAUCCAUACAAAAAAGCUUAAAUCUGAUUUAAUAUUGUUGUAUUUGUAAAGGUUAGAGAGUGGAAGCAAAUUCUGAUAUGAUUCAUCAAUAAAAGAUUAUGUCAUGCUCAAAUCUGUGUGGGGGAGCAUAUUAACUGCUCAAAUGCACUCUUACCAAUAAAUAUAACCAUGACAGUGAUACAGAGAAAGCAAAGCAGGGGAGGGAAAAAAAGAGCUAACCCGUGCUCAGAACAUUAAAUGCUUGUACGUGCCAAUGGAUUUGCACAAUUAUGAUUUCAAUUUAGCCAACCAAACAUUCAUGGAUGUUGUCAUUGAAUUGGCAUAAUAGGCUCUAUGUAUGUGGAUGAAGUGAGUGAGCCCUUGUAUGAAUACAUAUCAUGAGAAUAACUACACGUUCACUGCCAGCCGCAUAUUCUCCAACGUGUAGAAACUGCCUGUGUAUGUUUGUGUGUGUCGCCCCCUGGUAUUAAGCACUAGGUUAUUGCAUUUAGUCUUUGACUCAAUCUGGUCUUUUGUUCACCCAUAGGUUUGUAUGAUACUUUUAAGGGGUCAUUUAGAUGCCAGAGAAAAAUUUAGCUUUGCAAUUGGAAUUGUCAUUAUGGUAUAAAAGUACAUGUAACAGUGUUAAAUAGCUUGAAUGUAGGUUGCUAUAGAAGUGAUGUCAAGUAUCAUAUUUCCCUUUGGCUAGAUGUGAAUAAUUUAGGAAUAAUGUGUAUUCUAUCAAAUCUGUUUCAGUAAUUCUCGUAUGUAACUUGUUUUUUAUUAGUUCAAAGAUAUACAUUGUAUUUGUUCAUUCAGUAAUUUCAUGUUAUAUUCAUAAUGAAAAAAAUAUUUAAAUUCUUGUAGAUGACCAAAUGAAGUAAGUAAAUAACUGUGAUUAUGACUGAUAAAGAUCCCUAAUCACUGUAAUUCCUGCCUUUCCCAGAUGUAUGGAUAGAUAGAGAUAGACUAAGUUCACUUGAACCCAGUCAUUUCCAUGUUCAUGUAUUCAUUCAUAAUAGAUGAGGAACCAAUACAUACAGUGUGGGAAAUAAUGAGAUUCACAUUUCAUUUUUUCAUUGACUUUCCCUCGUUAAUUUGAAAAAUUGCUCUUUAAUAUUUCAGCAAGCCAGCUUUUUAAAUUGUUAAUGUCAACCUGUAGAAGCAAAUAGAAUCACACAUACUAAGUGUGUAGUAUUCAUGAUUUCAGUAGGUUUCUUCUUUUUGGUUGUUGUUGCAAUGUAUGUAUGCAGUUCAUGCUGGAGCCCUAAAAGUAGGGUAUUUGCAUACGUCUGAUAGCAAAUACCAUAAGGUUGUGGUACAGAAAUAAGGAGA